AUGUCAUUUGGAUUCGGAACACCUACACCCUCAAGCAGUGCAUUUGGCGCUGGUAGUGGUGGAUUUGGCACAUCACAGACACCAGCAACGACCAGUGCUUUUGGUCAACCUGUCGCUUCUGCAACAACUGGCUUUGGCACACAACAGCCAUCCACAGGUGGAUUUGGCUUCGGUGCUACUUCUGCUGCACCAGCUACAGGUGGGUUUGGGCAGUCUUCUACAUCAACAGCACCCACAACUGGAUUUGGUAGUGGAUUUGGAGGCAAUACAGCUACUUCAACAGCACCUACAUCUGGCUUGUUUGGAGGAGGAGGGGGAGGAUUUGGAGCCACUACGCAAGCUCAACCUGCUACAUCAAACACAUUUAAAGGAUUUGGAGCUACUGCCACUUCAACGGCACCCGCCACUGGAUUGUUUGGAGCACCAGCAGCAUCUACAGCACCUGGUACCAACACUCUAUCAACAGGCUUUGGCGGAUUUGGAGCUAACAAACCUACAUUGAGCUUAACCACACCAUCCACUACUGCUGGUACUACAGGCGGAUUGUUUGGAAGCAAGCCAGCGACGACAUCCUUCUUUGGUGGCAGUACUUUGGGCACAACAGGGACCACUGGAUUUGGCUUGAAUUUACCGCAACAGCAGAAUGCAGCCCUGACAAAGCAAAGAGAACAACAAGUAUAUCAGCUAUUAUCUCAAAUCGAUCAAGAAGCACGAGCACAAGUUGCGCCUGCCAUCAAUAGUGAAGACUAUAAGCCUGAGAAUGUGUGGCAUGCGCUGGCUUUGCUCAAGAGCUGGUGGGAUCCUAAAUCACCAAACUGUCGAUUCCAACACUAUUUUUACAACGUUGUAUCGCCACAAGAGGCCCAUCUCUAUCAAAAGCCUGCUGAUCAUGACCAAGCUGCUUGGGAUGCUGCUCAAGCUGCCAACCCUGAUCGCACGACACGAGUGCCUGCGUUAGCCAUCGGUUUCGAUGAUGUCCAAAAGCGUAUGGAUGAACAACAUAAAUUGAGCGAAGCACACAGCGCCAAAUUAGCAGAGAUUGAAACUACGAUCAAAGAGAUCCAAAAGAAGAGUCAACUAGAAACAGCAGUGAAAUUGGAUGAAUAUAAACGCAAGCACAUGCAGGCAGCACAACGAGUGAUCAAGUUUUUGAAAUAUGCUCAAGUCUUACGAAACAAGGGUCUAAGUAUCACACCAGAUGAAGAAGUAAUGCGUGCUAGACUCGAGAAUAUUCAAGCCCAAUUACAAAGAUCAGAGCAAUUCCAUGGCAAAUUGAGUCAACUAUGGGCACAAUUACAAUUUAUCAAGGAAUCAGGGAGAAAGUACGGCAAAAUUGACGGCGUUGACGAGUGGGAUGCAGUCAGUGAAGAGAAUAUGCGUGGUAUUACCAAGAUUCUGGACGAACAAAAUAACGGUGUUCAGCAUAUCAUUGAAGUGAUUGAGACAGAUACAGCAGAGGUAGACAACCUUCGUAAAGGGUGGAGAGCAAUUCAUUGA